CUCCACCAUAAAGUUCAACGCGUCGCUUCACCCUCUUCUCCACCUUAUACCCAUCUAUCGCCCUCCACUCUUCCCUUUUCCAUUCUGUGAAAGCGCGACCGACCGUCGCUCCCUUUGCGCCGAAAAUGCAGCCCCAGUAUCGGAACUACCCGAUUCCCGCACAAGCCCAUCAUGCUACGCCAUCGCGUCGUCCGCCUGGUACGCCCUCUGCCGCCCCAGCAACCACCGCCUCCGCACUACAAUGCCUCUCAUAUCCAGGCCCAGCAGCGCGCCGAACAGGAGCGUCGCGAGAAGCUGCGCCGCCUGGCCAUGGCUCCGACCGACAAGAACAUUCCCGACGGUGUCGAGGACAUCUGCAUCGGCGAUGGCGUCGCGCGCUACCGCGAGCUCCAGGAAGUGGAGCGCACCCUCGAUGCGACCAUGAUGCGCAAGAAGCUGGACGCUGCCGACACCGUCAACCACUCCCGCACCCGUCGCUAUGGCACCAUGCGCAUCUGGAUUUCCAACACUGCCGAGAACCAGCCCUGGCAGAGCAGCGGAAUGGACGCCGACGCUUUCGACUUCGACACCGGGAACGCGGCCAGCUACACCGUCAAGAUUCAGGGCCGCCUGCUGGAUGGGGACAGCGAUAUGGGUUUAGGAGAGGACGACGAGGAAGAGCAAGCGGAAGGGGAAAAGGAUGCCGAUGCCAUGGAAGACGACAGCGCCGAGCCGACCAAGUCCACACCGCCGCAGAAGCCAAAGGUCUUCUCGCAGUUCUUCUCGUCCAUCACCAUCGACGUCGACCGUGCCAAAAGCCUGCAACCCGAUAACUUCACUCAGAUUGUCUGGAACCGGGCCGAGAGCCCGGCCAACGCCAAAGACUUCAGCGAGCUCGUCUUCAAGCGCAAGAGCGACGAGAACAUCAACAUCACAAUCAAUCUGCAGCCGCUCGUGCCCGACCGCGCCGAGCGCUUCCGGCUGAGCAAGGGACUCUCGGAACUCCUGGAUACCGACGAGGCGGAUCGCGCAGAGGUCAUGAUGGGCAUCUGGGAGUACGCGCGCGCCAACCACCUGCAGCAGGACGACGACGAGCGGAAAUUCGCCUGCGACGCCAACCUCAAGGCGCUCUUCGGGCAAGACAUGUUCUUCUUCCCGCAGCUCCCCUCGCUCCUGAAGCCGCACCUCAUGACGCUGCCGCCCAUCCAGCUUCCCUACACCAUCCGCGUGGACAAGGAGUACAUAUCGCCGUCCCCGGAUUCGGGCGUCCCACCUUCCCGCCCAACCAUCUACGACGUGCCCGUCCUCCUCGACGACCCGCUCCACCAGCUCGUGCAGAACCUGCUCCGGCCCAGGGACGCCGUCGAGACGCUCGAGCAGAUCCGCGCCAUUGACGAGCAAAUCGUGCUCGUCAUGGGCGCCGUCGCGCAGUCCAAGGCCAAGCACGCGUUCCUGACGAGCAUGUCCAAGGACCCCGUCUCGUUCGUCAAGCGCUGGCUGUCGUCGCAGAAGCGCGAUCUCGAGGUCAUUCUGGGCGAGGCGACGCGCGGCGGUGGCGAGGAUGCGUCGGGCCCGGAGUGGCAUGCUGGGGGCGGCGAGGGCGUGUGGCAGAGCGAGGUCGCCAAGGAGAGCGUCGCGUUGUGGUUGGCGAGGCAGGGUGUUAAGGGGCAUUAGGUGGUGCUGUUGAUAUCUAUCUAUGCUUGCGUCGUUGGUCCUUACUAUAGAUACCCUUGGCUCGCCUGCUCUUUUCUUGUAGGCGUGUGAGUUCGCUGGAUGCGGAGUAUCCUGACGCGAGUCGGCGUUUUGUAGGAUCGAUUUGAACACAAUAGGAGCAGGUACGUCGAGGAAAUGGAUCUCUGCAGCCGUUGCUACCGAUCGCGGAGACAUCUCAACACCCUCAAACUUAUCAAGUUCA